GGGCACAGCCUCUGCGGCUAUAAGUAGGAGGUGCGCGCGCCGCGGCGAGGUUAGUCGCCGUUCGGCAGCGCGUCGCCUGCGGUGUUAUUCUUCCCCGCCGUCCCCCGCCGUCAGCAGCCCGCAGCCCGCAGCCCCAGAGAGCCGGGCCGUGCGUACGCCAUCGCACACACCAACUCAACAUAGCCACCGCCAACAUGCUCGCCAGGACACCACUGUUCAUUUUCAUCUGCAUCUACACGGUUUGUGCGGAUGUAGACAUCAUCACGGAGCCACGUCCAGGGGAAGAAUAUGUAUUAGUUAGUUCUGGCCAACAGACACCACUGAGAAAUUUUGAGACAUCACACAAAAUACCCGAGAAACACCCACAUCAUCGGAUUUUAAAACAAGAUGAAAACAAUGAAAAAAUUGUCAAGAAAUUACAUAGUGGAAAAAUUAAACACCCGACUGAAGGUAUAGUAUCCAUUGAAGAGGACAAAAAGGCUCUUCUUAAAAAGGGUCAAAAGAUUAAGGCGUCCGAAUCGAUAGAAGUCGAUAUACCUGUCUCGAAAUUAGAGGAUAUAAAAAUUAAGGAGAGCGCAAAGAAUGUAGAAACGAAUCCAAACUUGGCAGUUGCUUUAGAAGCAAUGUCUGAAUCCGGUAAACUAAGUAACAAGGCUAGCACGACUACUCAAAAACCAGUUCUAACGACAGAAGCAAUCGGCACUACUAAGGCCUACGACUACAUUCCUAUCAAUUUCGAUACCAUAGAUGAUAUUAAUAGUGGUUUACUAUCCUCUAACAUUAAACUUGAAACCGCUGGUACCGAACAAAAACAACAUUCUAGGAUACAGAUUAAGAAAGGUCCUAAUGGACAAGAUUAUGAAUACGAGUACAUUUACUAUUACUAUGACGAAGACGAAGAUAGCAGUAAGAAAGAAACUAAAGCUACAACAACCACGGAAAAGAUCCCAGAACCUACAGUUAAUUCCCAUGAUGGGCCAGCAAAAGUAGAAUCUGAAAAUCAAAUAAACAAAGAAAGUAAAAGAAGCAAAUACAGUACCAUUGAUAGGUCAAGUGCCACUACUGCGGCUACAGCAGAAGUACAAAAUGAAGUUUUGCCUGCUGCGACUAGAGGCCGUUCUCGUGGUCGCUCAAACUUUUCACCCGUACCAGUGGAGGAAGAAAUUGAAGAUGAAAGGCUUCCAUCUAGUACUCGUUUCCCGCCCCGUGGCCGUAACUUGGGUGGUUCAGCAUCCACUACAACUCAUAUUCCGGAAGCAACGUCGGAAAUCACGAGACAACGAGGUCGUCCACAAAGCGAUAGCGUUGCUGACGAAUCAAUUGGACAAACUAGAAGUAGAGCACGUGCCCAUAUCAGACGACCAAGUUCGGAACUUGUAGAUCUCGAUAGCUUUAAGACUCACUCUGGAGACAUUCCAUCUCAAUAUAAAGAACCUCCAACGAGAUAUUCUUCUGAAAGUAAAACUACAUCCGAAGUUUCUGAAGAGGAAUCAGUUCCUAGUGAACCAUCGCAUGCUAAGGAUACUGUAAGAGAAGGACACAGUCUUAACGGAAAUAUUAGAUUCCAAGAGAUUACGGAUGAAGCGAAAUUACCUUCAGAUUAUAAGCAAACUACCACAUAUGAACAAGAUACGACCGAGUACACGACAAUGACCGCAAUGGAGAAGGUUGCCCUCGACCUUUACGCAUAUUUAGCUGGAGAAAACUUGAACAACGAAAUAAGUUCAACUAAUGAUGUACUAACUUUCGAUGGGUCGACUACUGUAGGGGACGAUGGGUGGACAACGGAAGCAAUAACUACUACAGAAGAGGACACGACUACUAGCACUACUACAACGACAACUACAACUACAACAACGACCACCACAACACCAGCCCCAACAACUACAACUACCACAACUGCCGCGCCUGCAACUCGUCCAUCGAGGUUUAAGGGGCGUCCAGGGGCUCGUGGCCGCGCUUCUAUCUCGACAAGCCUUGCCACAGAGGCGCCACAGGAAACCUCCACGAGAGCAAGAGGUCGAUUCGGUAAACCGAAUGGUGGAAGGAAAACUACCGCGGCUGCGCCUUCCACAGCCGCAGAAAGUGCCUCCGCCGCACCCGUAGACAAGCCCGCAGCACAACCUAAGGCGUUCGGUCGUCGUGGACUGUUCGCAGGCCGAACUCGACCCAGCUCGACAACUGCAGCACCUGCACAAGACACUGCAAACGCGGCCACCGAAGCAUCAGUGCCUAGACCGCGCCUACGUCCCGGUUUGCGUCGGGGAUUAACGACAACCGCUGCAACUACUGUCGCGCCCUCCUCGGCUGCGUCUGCUGCCUCGGGUGAGGAGACAACAGCACCCAGCGCUGGUUCAGGAGAAGUUGCCGAAACAACAGCUGCACCGGUCAGAACUAUUGGUCGCAGACCAGGUCAGAUUCGUCCAGUGCCUUCACUGCGACCUGGGCCCAGGCUGAACCUGCGACCAAACGCGCGCGCAAGGCCAGGUUUAGUCAGCGCAGCGCCAACCGAAACCUCCGAGACUCCCGCCGCUGAAACCUCAGCAGCAGAAUCAUCAGUAACUCCUGCCUCGGAAGCCGAUAGUGAGGGAACUCCAGUUACUCCAGCUCCUGAACAACCGCGUGGAGGUCUGAAGAUUAGGAACCGUCUACAGGUUUCGCCGUCGCCCAAGCCACGUGUUGCCGUAACGCCACCAGCUCGUCGUGUCAACCCAUUGUUAAAGAGAAAGCAGCCGACCACGGAGGCCACAACUGAGGCGGUUAAGAAGUUGUCAACGGAAACAACAGAGGAGAGUACGAGUGAGGAGAAGAAUGAGACAGAAACGGAGGCUCAGCCAGCGGAAACGACACCUGCGCCUCCACUGCGAGGUCUCGACGCUCUGAUAGCCCGCCGCAGAGCUGCCGGCAUUGGCCGUGUAGCCAGGCCCGCCAGAGGAACGCGCCAACACAAUUAAAUUGUUUAUAAUGUGGAACUCUUGACAAGUACUUCACAGUCAUAUAAAGUAAUAAAGCGACUGAACGAUUAACUUCAGGAAAUAAGUAAAAAAACCAUUCCUAAUAAUAAUUUUCUUCACCAAUCUGAUUAUUUUAGCAGUUCCUCGAAAAUAGAGUUAAUCGAUCGGCAACUUAAUCAGUUUCAUAUUACCUUACUAAAUACUCUCUCAUAAUAGUAAAAUAGAUCAAGCGUCACGUGUAGGGCUACAUACACAUUCAUGUCUAAUAUAUGCUCUGUGUAGUACAUCAAGGUUAUUCUACGUAUUUUUAAUUUUGGUAUAAUGACAUGCUUUUAAAGCACUGGUAAAGUGAACAAUAACUGUAUUGCCAACAUCUUAAAUUCCAACAACGAUUUGUUUGAUUUUAAAACACCUAUAAAAAUAGGCAUGUGUUCUGUUUUCAAUUUUUUAAAACUAAUUUAAAACUUGUUUUUGCAUUAACAGUGCCAAAAAUAUAACGUAGCAAAGACGUGUCAUUUUACUUUAGUCAAUUCACUUCCCCAAACUGUUUAGAAUUUAGGAUAACUUUAUUUUUUUAAUUUCAAUAACAUCUCCAAUUAUAGUAAUGUACCAAUAUUUGUAUGUAAUUAUUUAGGUUUAUGUAUUUUAGGUGUCUAACAUUUGCAUACCUUAUGUUUCCACGAUUCCUUUAUUGAAUCCAGCCUUUUAUAUAUACGGAUACUUCUUAGCGUUUAUUUUAUGAGUUAUGUACAUAUUAGAAUUAAUGAUUGUUAUUGUACGUGGCCACGGGUGGCGAUCAAAUGGCGACACUUUAUGUUCAAAUGAAUUGCCAAUAUCAUAACUCCAUUUGUCUCAAAGUGGUCUUGUACGCCAAAGCAAUCAAAUUAUUACUACAUUACUUAUAUAAUGUAUGUAUUUUAAGUACAGCCAACGAUAUUCACAUUUCGUAUAAGUUACACAUUUAAUUAUACAUAUAUUACUCUAUUAGAAUAUUAUACAUCCUCCAUACAAUUCAACUAUAAUUGAAUUGUUGAAUAUUGUUUUAAAUUUUAUAUCCAUGAAUUAUUUGUCUAAAUUUGAAAACAUACUUUUUUAAACUGAACAAGGAUUCUUAGAUCAAUUUAGAAUUAUAGAUAUCGUUAGUUCAUUACAGUUUUGGAAUUAAAAGACAAAAAUUAUACAAAAAUAUCCUAAUUUAUUACAGUUAAGUCAUGAACCUUUCUUAGGGAUUAAGCUAAGAAAUCGUUUAUCAAUAGUUACGAAAAUUGAGCAUCAAAUUAUUAUUUGUAUCCUGAAGCACUGAUAGUUAGUGCCAUCGUGAUAUGUUUUGUAUCUUUCGUAAGUGUGAUAAUAAACUUAAUAAUAAGAAAAUAAUGUACACAA